CAUCUCCCCCGGACGUAGCUACAUUUUGUUCUCCUGCUUCUGUUCCUUUUGCCUAUCUUCGUACACCGACGAACCCCCUCCGCUUGCGUAUCACCAACACCCAACGGUGACCGCCAUUUCACUCCCACUUCACCGAUCCUUUUGUCCAGGUGCCCCCCCCUUCAAAUAUCAUUCCACACCCCAACCCUGCAUAUGAACCCUCCUCAGGACUACAUCGAUCACAACAUCUUCCACACGAUUCAUUAACGCCCCCGACCCUCCGCCAUCUCUAUACUUCUGUCGAAUUUAUAGUCUACAAUUGUCUCAAUACCAUGGCAGCUCCUCGAGCAUCCUCCUUCAAAGCCCUGCGCAACCUCCAGCGCACGGCCGGGUCGACCCCGGCCAAACGGAGCCUGCACAUUACUGGUGUCCAUGCCUCUCCGAGACCCAUCGAUCCCAACCACAAGAGCACCUACAUGCCAUGGACUCUGCAGGACCUCCGUCAAGAGUGCCAAAAACGGACGCUCUCGGCUUCCGGCACCAAGCACGAGCUCAUUGACCGACUGGCUGGUCACGACAGCUUGCAGGCACGAGCAUUUUCUAUUGCCAUGAAGCGGAUUGCCGUCGAACAAACAAAGAAGCCGGUCUCUGGUCCCUCUGAGACCGCACCCCAGCGACACUUCAACACCUCUCGCGCCAACAAGGCCGUAGGUGACACGUCCACCAUUGACUUUGCCUACCUUCCCAAGCUACACGAAGACUCAUGGGGACCCAGCUCUCCCUCAAUCCGAGUCCCUAUUCUGCCUUACAUCCAGUCCGAGCAAGCCGAAGCCAUUUUGGAGAGGCACCCGGAGCUUGACGCAGCGGCCGGAGGCUACCAAGAUACACAAGGUUAUGAGACCAUUAUGAAGCCGCAGAUCUUCAGUGUUGGGGAUGUUGCAGGUGGUUCAGCAAGUGCCAUGAGCGACGUACACGAUGGCCAUCAUCCUACCGAGCUGUCGGUGGAGAUGCUCACAGCUCUCACGGAGACAGUGGGCAAGAGUGCCCGCCAAUUUGUGGACAUGGUCAAAGACAAGGAUGAAGCGACGAUCCGCAAGAUCUGGACUGGGUUCCUUGACGAUCUCUUCGGCCAGCAGGGCAAGACAGCCAAGCGAUAACUGAUGCUGGGGGUUGAAGCGAUGGCAUUGCCGUUGCAACUGUCGUGACAGCGUUGUAGCACGAGCGUUGUGUGUUUGUACCUUUCUCUCCUUUUGUGACCUAUACCACGUUAUCUCGCGUUGGUUGGGGAUGACGACGUAUAUUUCCUUUUAAUCAAGCGCCCAGCGCACCUUUCCCGCCUGGGGCUUCUAGCUGUCUGUCACUUGUCGUUUGGCGGUGGCAGUGCCAGCGGCCGAAUGUUUCUGAUGCGACUCCACAUAACCAGAUGAUAC